UGGAGUUGUCGUGAUAUUUCUCGCGUAUGAAGUGAAGCUCGCAGGAUCACGCGGCAGUGUUUCAGUCGUCGCACGAGCGGACAUCAGAUUCUAGGAGAAGAAUUGAAUCGAAGCGGUUUUUUUUUCUCUAUUGUGUAAAAGUGUCUGGAUUUUUACUGUCUUGUUUUUAAAAUUCUUAUCUCUAAAACAGUAUUAAAACCUAAAUCUGAUCAGGAAUAUAAAACCAGAAGAGGUUUCUGUUUUUUUGUUCAGGUUUGGGCGUCAAAGCAGAAGUCGGGAAAAUUUGUAAAGUUUUGAAGAACCGUCUGAUCGUCCUGGACAGAAAUGAGUGACUCCGAACCUCCGAUGUUUUCGUCCGUCGAAGAAGAGAGGGAUUACUGGAAGGAGAGAGCGGCUCAGCACCAGCAGAGGGCUGAUGAGGCUCGAGACGAGCUGCAGGAGUUCCAGCAGAUGAGUCGAGAUUACGAAGCCGAACUGGAGACCGAACUGAAGCAGUGUGAAGUGCGAAACCGAGACCUCCUCACGACCAACAACCGGCUACGAGCGGAACUGGAAGGAUUCAAGGAGAAGUACGAGGCGCAGCACUCGGAGACGUACAGACGGAUUUCUGCCCUGGAGGGAGAGUUAGCCGAGACCACCGCCAUCAAAGACCAGUUACAGAAGUACAUCAGAGAGCUGGAGCAGGCCAACGAUGACCUGGAGAGAGCCAAAAGGGCCACCAUCAUGUCUCUGGAGGACUUCGAGCAGAGGAUGAACCACGUCAUUGAGAGAAACGCUUUCCUGGAGAGCGAGCUGGACGAGAAGGAGAAUCUGCUGGAGUCGGUGCAGAGACUGAAGGAUGAAGCUCGAGAUCUGAGGCAGGAGCUGGCUGUGAAACAGAAGCAGGACCGUAAACCGUCCCUCAGCCUUUCAGUAGACGGAGAGAAGGUGGAGUCGACGCCGUCACACGCUCCGUCCGCUCAUUCCUCACUCCUCACUACACCGCCCAGAGCAGCAGCGGGCCCCGGGAGCACGUUUCACACACCGCCGUCCUCCUACAGCAGGAUUGAAGGUCUUACUGGGACGCCGUUGACGACGUCAGCACGGAUUUCCGCUCUCAACAUCGUAGGAGAGCUGCUGAGGAAAGUCGGCAAUUUGGAGUCGAAGCUGGCGUCGUGCAGAGAGCUGCAGGUCCAGGAGAGAACGCCGAGCCGCUCGGCGAUGGCUCAGAGCUCGCACAACACGCCGAGAGAAGCACUAGAGAACCAGUCGAGCACUAACGGUCUGUUUGAGGGGAUGGUGAAGCGCCUGGAUUUUGGACCCAAAAUGGUGGUGUGACUGACGCUUUUUUCUCUCUCUCUCUCUCUCUCUCUCUCUCUCUCUCUCUCUCCAUCGUGUGUGUGAUUGUUCUGGACUCUUCUAUGCAUGCCUCCGGCUGACUAAGGGUUUAACACUCUUGCAUUUGGAGUGUGUGAGCUCGUCUCUGCUUUAUUACUACUGUUAACUGAGGGUUAAUCCCUCUCUAUUUUAUUUUAUUUUUUUUUAACUUUGUCUAUAUUUACAGCCUGAUAUAUACAUAUCUAUUUUUCACUGUUUUUACAUUGAAAAUAUCUGAAAUGGAUAUUAGCACUGCACAGUUUGGGUGGUUUUCUGCUCUACGAUCUGUUUCACGACCUAAUAGGGUGAAAAUCGGUCAAAGAUGGAAGUAAGAAAUGAGAUUAUCAGUAGGAAAUGUUAUUCUAAUGCCUCAGAUUUAAUACAUUUAAGAAAUAUAAAUAAUUUCCCCUUUAGCCUGAAUGCAGUCUCUCACGUGAGACAUGUCUGGUGUGUGUAGUUUGCUUCUUUAAUUCUGCACUGGAGCUACAAGGCGGAAUUACCUGAUAAGCAAGGGGAGAUUAUAGCCAUAUGUUUAACCUGGCUAAGUUGUAGCUUUUUAAGAUGUUACGUUUUGGAAAGAAAUUACAGCUAGGUUAUAAUUUUAAUCAAUAUUUCCUUGUUCAAAGUCCUAACUGAGUCUGAGGCAUAUGAGUGACUGGGGAUGAAAAUAAUUUGGUUCUGAGGUGGCGCUCUGAGGUGGCGCUCUGAGGUGGCGCUCUAAGGUGGCGCUCUAAGGUGGCGCUCUAAGAUGGCGCUCUAAGAUGGCGCUCUAAGAUGGCGCUCUAAGGUGACGUCGGUGUGUCCAUUUUAUCGAAUCAGAGACAACGAACAACUCCGCACAAAGCUAUACACUUCGUUUAGCUGUUACCUUGUAGGUGAACACAUCUUCAUGCAAAUGAGAUGACUCAGGUGUGUGUGUGUGUGUGUGUGUGUGGGUGAGAGAGAGAGAGAGAGAGAGCAGGAAACACUAAACUGUGCAGUGCAGCUCAAACGUACGGACUGCAAUAUUGCCAUAUGGGUUUGUGUGCAAAAUGUCUUCUAACGAACAAUUAGAGGUUUGGUGCAAGGAGCUUUAGCUUUAGCUGGUUAGGAAUAACGUUUCGAAAUGUUGUUGCUUUGCGUCAGUGACACACCUGCCCUUUUUGGGGCACUCGUAGCCGAGCCACGUUCCUGUACGUUAGCGAACAUGACGUCAAGAUAUUUUAAUUUUGUCACUGGAUAACAAGUUGGAACAGACGCUUCAUGUUAUGAGUGGGAGGUUAAGAAAAAAAUUUUUAGAAAUAAAUUGCUUAAAAUGUAACAUGAGGGGAAAGAAAAACACAUUUUUGUCGUUACAGCAACAACGUCAGUGGUAUAAAAGCACUAAGGAGACUCAGGAUGCGCUCAAAAUAUAGAAAUGGUAAAUGAUUGUAUAAAUUUAUCACGUUGUCAUAUUGCACACAUGUACAAAGCGUUGAUGAUUGUUAGGUUCUCGCUUGCUUAACAGAGGAUCAGGGUUCUGUUAGGGAUGAACCAUAGAACCCUUUACAUGUUAGAUUUAAUCUUUUGCUCCUGAGCAUGUACAGUAAUGGCUUUUACGUGGCUGAUGUGACACUAACUUUCUAUUUUAAAGAGCUUUUGCUGAUGUGAAAUGUUAAAGUGUUUGUGUCUUUGCUGCAAUUUCACGAACCUGUGCCUUAGGAUUAGUUUCGAGUUGCGUUCUUCGGGGAAAAUUGAGACGGAGAACAGAUGCUGCAUUAUAGAGAGACACGAGUCGCUAGAAGAGAGAGCGUUUACAGCAGAGGGUUAAUCUGAGUCUAUAUAAGAAAUAAAACACUUGGGUGCGCUGUUGUGCUUUAAGUGUUUUAUUCCUCUUACACCACAGCAAUUUACUAACAAUGACGAUUUUUUUUAUUUAUUAAAGAAUGAUGUCUCGUUUAAUGUUGUGAAACGUCGACAAAACAAGAUAUUUCCUCUCUCGAAGUUAAUAAGAUAAAAAAAAAAAGACUCCUUCCAUAAAUGUUAAAGAAAAUUUUCUCCCCCGUUUCAACGAUUGCUUACGAUUUUUAAUCAGUUCAUGUGCAGCACCAAAGUCUGUUGUCUGUUGCACAAGUUUCUGUGUAUGAGCUGUUACUAUAGAAACGAUAGAGUAUUAGAACGAGAGAUGCUGUUAUAGAAAAUCAUUCACCUUCUGACCAAUCAGAGUUCAGUAGCUCUGUAGGACAACGCAGACAUUUCUCCGUUUUAAAGCUGGAGUAAGCGAUAAUGAGAAGCCUUGUUAGAGCGCUAGGAUUUUUGGGACAUUUCUUUAUAAAAUGUUCCAGUAAAUGAGUCCAGAGCCUUCCUGUUUUUCUUUCUUGCAGUUUGUCCGGGAUGUAAAUUUGAAGAAAUGGACCAAAAUCGAAACGUUUCCUGUAUGCGGUAUCUCUGUAGUGUAGUUAUGAUUUAAAUACUUCAGUGAAGGCUACAAGUGUUUUAUGUUAAAAUUAGAAAUGUAAAGAGGAGCUCGUACGUGCUGUUUUCUCUACUAAUAUAGGAGUUAUGAUGCAUGGAUGGAUCGAUAGACAGAAAGAUCAAGGACAUAGUUACAUGUUUACAUUUCCCGUUAAUCACUAAAGACUCGUUACAGGUUUGUCUGUUUGCCUUUUUGCUGUUGAUCAGGUGUUUAAAUCACACGGUCGGUGAGAGAUGGGUUGAGUUUUAAGAUGCAGUUUGGAUUAAACACAGCAGAUUCUCAUGUUCAUGUAAAACCAGUGUUGCGUCAGCAGAUGUGCAGAAUAAACGUCUUACUAAACAAAAA